CAUGAAGCUACUCAUUACUGGCGCAACUGGGGUAGCCGGUCUCAACAUCUAUCGCGCCGCGGUGCAAGACCCGUCCAUAAGCAAAGUGACCCUCCUGAUGCGCCGCGAAAUGCCAUUGUGGGCGGUCCUCCCGUCAAACGCCGCCGAGAAGACCUCGACGAUUGUGCACGACGACUUCACCCAGUAUCCGCCCGAGCUCGCGAAGCGUCUCGCCGAGCACGACGCGUGUAUUUGGGCGAUGGGCAAGUCCGUCAGGGGCAUGACGGAAGCCGAGUACACGCGGCUGACGUACGAGUACCCCAUGGCCGUGCUGCGCGCCAUGCGCGACGCGGGCGUGGGCGCGGACAGACCGCAGGGCCAGCCGUUCCGCUUCGUGUACGUCAGCGGCAUGUCCGCGGACCCGACGGAGAAGAGCAUGCAGAUGUGGGCGCGGGUCAAGGGUCGCGCCGAGAAGGACAUUGCCGCGUUCUGCACGCCUGAAUCAGGCAUGAAGGCUCACAUACUGCGCCCCGCGUACUUCCGCCCGUCGAGGGACUAUCCCGAGGACUGGAAACAUCAGCGUUCUCGCGCGGAAGAUACCCUUGACUGGGUCCUUGCCCCUGCCUUUAGCUGCCUCUUACCGUCGUAUGUGACUCCGCUACCAGUGCUCUCGAAGAUCCCUCUGGAGAUCAUCAAGGGCAGAUGGCCUGACAUCGAGCUCUUCCCGAAUAAGACGAUGCUGGAGUGUGCAAAGGAGUUGUCGAUAUGACGAACAUGACUUGAUGAUACCCCAUGUGUACUCUAAUUUAUAAUCCUAGUUCUCUUCCGCAGG